AUGUUGGAAGGGCUGCUAGCGAAUUUUUUAAAUCGACUAUUGGGCGAAUAUAUUGAAAAUUUCGAUGCGACACAACUUAAGGUCGGUGUUUGGAACGGUGAUGUUACUUUACACAAUCUGCAAUUAAAACGAGAUGCACUAAAAAAACUAGAACUUCCCAUUUCUGUUCAGUAUGGUUUAAUUGAAAGUUUAAAGCUCAAAAUCCCUUGGUCCAGUCUUAGAAAUAAGCCUGUGGAGAUAUAUAUCGAAGGGAUUCGUGCUUUGGCUUCUAUGGAUGAGUCUCCUACUGUGACCAGAAAGGAAAGCCCCUUACAGCAACUGGAAGAGAAACGACGAGAAAUGGGGCUAUGGGAAGCAGCACAGGUGGGAACGACUGAGGCUGGUUAUGACCCAAACGCUCAAACUUUCACAGAGUCGCUAAUUACUCGCAUGAUUGAUAAUAUACAAUUUAACAUUCGAGAUAUUCAUGUUCGUUUUGAGCACUCCAAUGAAAAUUAUCCCGCUAAUGGGUAUUCCUUUGGCUUAUUACUUUCCGAAUUCUCUAUUUCUUCUUGUAACGAAGAGUGGAAGCCUAUGUUUAUUGAAACAGAAUCCAAAACUAUUCAUAAAUUAUGCUCUCUGCAAAACCUUGCCGUAUAUUCUGACGAAACCUCUGAGUGUAUUUCCUCUAAUGACUUUAAUGACCUGAUAGGAUUAUUUCACGUUUUGCUAACCGAUUUUGACCAAAGAGAAAAGGAAUUCUUGAUUUCCCCAAUUAUGGGUUCUGCAAAAGUGACAAUCAACAAGACUCCUACUGUUGAGAAACCUCGAUUCGUUUCUGAUUUAUCUUUUGAGGGGUUUGAUUUAACAAUUAGUGACGCCCAUCUUACAAGGGGAAUUUCGUUAAAUAACGAAGUUAAUGAUAUCCUUUCCAAAUUCAAUUUCCGGAAAAAUGUUUUGGGAGAUGCUACUAUUAGUAAAUCCUCUGAAUGCCUUCCGUUUGUCUUCAAGAAAGUCUUUAACGACAUUCGACAAAAGAAUCAUGUCAACUCCUGGCCUGCAAUCAAAAGUUUUUGCGAGAGAAGAAAAACAUAUAUCCAUUUAUAUAGGAAAAAGUUUCUCGCAACGGCUUUGUCCCCCGAGGAAACAAAUCAGUUGGAUGUAUUAGAACUGAACUUCACUGUUAGCCAAUUAAAGCUAUUUCGUUCUCUUGCUUACAAGGAAAUAAAAAAAGAAGGAAUUGAACCAAAAGGCCAAAAACAACAGGGCUGGACAACCUGGAUGUGGAACAACUUUAAAGGUGCUUCCGAUGAAGCCGGCGAAAUGACGGAUGACCAAAAGCAAAGAAUUAUCGAUGCUAUUGGAUUGAAUGAGUCGACGCUUAGCCCUUCUAAUUUAACCGAAACUCCUUCCAAUGCCGCUUUAUUUGAUAUUAGACUGAGCGUACCCUCCGGAAGGUUUUCUUUAAAAAGUACUACCGAAAAAUGUCAUCUCAUAUCUCUGGAAUUAUCUGAGUUUACCUCAAAGCUGCUAUGUAUGAACAAAACUUACAAGUUAGAUCUUGAGUUGGGUUCUCUCAGGGUUUUCAAUGAUAACCGUUCUUUGUUAUACACAAGGAGCAAAUCCUCUUCGUUUGAUGCAGAAUCUCCUUCUCCAUUGUUCCAUAUGACAUUUGAACGCCGAUUUUCUGGUGAAGAUGAUCGGGAUAUUUUGAAACUUAAUCUACGUACGUUGGAAUUUUUCCACGAUCAACCUAGCCUCAUUAAAGUUAAAAAACUUUUUGAUGAUUCUUUAUUUACUAAUGAAGGAGGAGCUCAAUUACUUCGAUUUGCAAAUAAUGCUGUUACAGACUUAACUUCACAAACCGUUCAAAAUUUACGAAACUAUAUGAAUGAAAAACGAAAACUUACCCUGGACGUUCAGCUUCAAGCUCCAUUAAUAAUUUUGCCCGAAAAUGUUGAAAAUCCGGACACAAAUUCACUCGUGAUUGAUUCAGGUCUCAUUUCUGUGAAAUCAAAUUAUUCAAGACGGAAUGAAGAAAGGCAGGCAACACAAGAGCAAGAAAUUCAAGAUCUUAUUUACGAUGAUUAUCUCCUUUCCCUCGACUCAGCAAAAAUAUCUUUAGGGCCACUUUCUCAUAUCCAUAAUGAUAAAAACGAGAUGGAUGAAAAAUAUCAGUUAUUAAAAGAGUCUUCUAUUAAAUUAAAUCUCUCUUUACAGAGCGUCCCUUCUCCUAACUUUCCAAAAAUCAGAGUUUCUGGUAAAAUGUCUGAUCUAUUAUUCAAAAUAUCUGAUGCGCAAUAUGCUGUUUUGAAGAAGUUGAAGUCUGCUUUUUUGAGUAAUGAGUCUUAUGCGUCGUCGUCUGAUAAAAAUAGCUCCUUACAAACAUCGAAAUCAUUUGUUUCACAAGACAGCAACUAUAAUUUUGAAAUUAAGGAAGAUGAUACUUUACCUGAAUUGAAACAUUUCUGUGAAUUUGAUUUGUCAUUAAAUGGAAUGGUUAUUGUCCUAUUGAGGGAGAGUGGCUAUACUCAACAGACUCCAAUGGCAUCUUUGGAAUUGGGCAAACUUAAUAUCUCUUACAACCAAUUUGACACCGUUCAAAGAGUGGAGCUGUCUCUUACUUCCAUGAAAGUCAAUGACUUAACUACAGAAGAGUCGCGCGUUGGUAAUCAUCAAAUCUUCGAAUGCGGAUCGUCAAAUAAUGAUAACGUAAAAGAUAACUACCCACUAACGAUUGAGUACGCUGUUGAGUUCGAUCCUUCCUCAAGCUUUAAAGACAGCACGACCAUAAAUUUUAUUUGUUCUGAUGGCAACUUUUAUCUUGCUAAGUAUUCAAUACUAUCCUUGCUUGAAUUUUCCUCUUCCUUCAUUGGCACGAGCAAUAAUCAUCAGGAUACUGAAGCUGAAAAAGAGCCUUCUUCUGAAUCAUUUGGUAAGACUAAGAUGACUUUUAGCUUACAUAGGCUCGGAGUACAAAUUUUCGAAUCUUAUGAGGAACAUCCCAUAUGUCUUGAUUUAUUUAAUAUCCAUUCCAGAAUUGAUACUGCUAUCAACUAUUGGGAUUUGCAUUCUCGCGUUCAGAAGCUUGAUAUUCGUGCUUGGGAUUCAAAGAAGAAUGAUACUAUAUCGUUCAUUGACUCUAAAAAAGAUCAAUUUUUAGACUUACGUUACAAAACGCAGCAGGCUGAAAAUAAGGAAGACUCGCCUCAAGCAAAGCUUGAUAUAAAAAUGGGAUCUUUCUUAAUGAUAUGUCGUCGAGAGCCUGUUAUUGAUAUUCUCAAUUUCUUCUCUGAUUUUAUACAGCUGAAAACUGUGGUCGAGUCUGCAAAAUACUUGGCUGAAACGGGCACGCUUCAAGCUGAACAAGGUACUAACUUUGACAUAAAUAUAAAUAUAUCGAAUCCCAUUUUCCGAAUUCCUCUUUGUCUGGAUAAUGGCUUGCAAGCUUAUGUUGAUAUAUUACCUGGUAGAUUUUCUUCAAGGACUAUCUCUUGGUUACCAAAUUUAGUUAUUGAGCUAUUAUCAUCCGAGACGACGAUAAAGACCAUUUUUUGUGCAACUUCAUCUGAAAAGAAUGAUGUUGAACUUGACGUUUUGAAAGACCUUAAUGUAGGAUUAAAAAUAUCGGUUUUACAAGAAAUCAAGGGAAGCUUAACCCACUAUGGCAUACAAAUUGAUGGCGAAACAAGUGAUUUCUCUUUCCAGCUUUCACAAGCCCAAUAUUUCACUUUUCUUGAGCUGGCAUCCGAAGCUCCGAAAGCAAUGAGUAUCAAAGAUGCGUUCUCUACAAAUUUAGAUGCUGGCUCGGUAUUUUCCGUACUUUCCGAUGAACUUUACAACGUUGAGGUAAUUAAUAAAGCUAUUUCUCAUUUUAGUCAGAACACUAGCUCUAGCUUGAAUCUUAACUUGCGUCUUCCAAAGGUUGGCUUACAUCUGUUUGAUGGAAAUUUUGAGGCUGAUAAUUAUUCGCAAAGACCGCUUUCUAGAUUUAUUUUGAAUGAUACGAAAAUGAGUUCAAGCUAUAGCUUUGAAGAGGGUGUUUUUGCAAAGUUGACUAUGAGCUCAUUUGCUAUUGAAGAUGUUCGGAUGGAAAAGUCUGAGCACUUUUCUAAUCUUAUACUUCCAUCCCAGGAGAAUGAAUCCCAGUUUUGCUUUACGCUUACAUGGAAGCCUAACAGCAGCAAUAUUCUUUUGGAAGGAGAUUUAUAUCAAUCACUUUAUGUUCUGUCGUUAGAUCAUCUUCUUUCAAUUUUCUAUUGCUUUGGAGCUCAUGAUUCUAGUAGAAACUCCUCUGCGAAUAAUGAUAAUACGCUAGUCAACAAGGGACCUGAUAAUGAAGUCAAUAAAAACGAAAAGUCCCUUUCAUAUUCCCUAAGGUUUGACGUUACAAAAACAUCUUUAGUUUUUGUUGCAGAUGCUUCUAAUUCAAAUUCUCAGUGUUUAAUUGUGAAGAUAGGACACGUAAGCUUAGCGAAACAGAUGUCCUAUUCAGUUACUGUUCAAGAAAUGGGUUUGUUCGUUUCUCAAAUGGACAAAGUAAAUAAUGGUGUACAAAUACUUGAAAACUUCAAUUUUGGAUUUGGUCUUGUGCAAAACUCUUCUAGUCAAUAUACCUCAAGUGCCUGCAUGGACAUUGAUCCGUUAAUAUUCCGUAUAUCGAUAUAUGAUCUGCUUUUGAUACAAAGCGUAAUUAAAUCUUCUACCCAGGUUGUUUCUAAGUAUAGAAAGGAUAUAAGUCCUAGUACCACAAGUGUAAGCGACUUAUCCGAUUUUUUUUCACAAGAAAAGCCGACGCGUGAAUCCUUAAUGUUAAUUCAGCAAAAAGCAGAAAAAACAGCGACGGAUUUACUGAAUACCUUGGGGCAAGCUUCUUUAUCUACUGAGGAAUUGACUUUCAACAGUGCUGGAAUUCAGUUGGCAUUAAUCAGUGAUGCUCACUCCUUACCUGUGGUAGAUAUUGUGGUCGAUUCAUUUAUUGUGAAUGCAAAGGACUGGAAUUCUAACUUCUCUGCCUCAACAACUCUUAGAGUUCAGUGUAAUGCUUUCAAUUUUGCCAAAUCUCAUUGGGAGCCCCUUUUAGAACCUUGGUCUAUUAGUUUAUCUGGUCUCCAAAAAAAUGGAACCAAAGAAAUAAAGCUUGUAACUAGCGAGCGUGGACAAUUUACGUUGACACCAAUGAUGAUAAUGGAUUUUCACAGAAUAAUAAGGUAUUAUUUGACUAAUCAGACUGGAGAAAACGAAAAGCGACCUGAAGGCCAUCCUUACGAAGUUUUAAAUGAAACUGGUUACGCUUUAUCUGUGCAUUACGGUCUCAAGGAAUCUGAUGGAAAUGAACACUUUAAGCUUGAGUCAGGAAAUUCUAAGCUUUGUCGUUUUGAAGACAAGGGAGCGUCGGCAACAAGGUUAACUAGUAAAGAAGAAGAUAUAUCGACAAAAAUACGAGUCUCUUUCGAUGAAGUAUGGUUUCCUGUUGAUGACAUAUCAGUACAUCGUGAAGGUUCUUUCUUAUAUGAAUUGAAACCUCGAGCCGAACGUCCUAAUUUUCUUUUGGUAACAGUAAUCUUACUGGAAACUAACGUAAAAAGAAUCAUUCUUUCUUCACCAUAUUCACUUGUUAACAGAACAAAAGAAGCUAUUGAAUUCGUAUGUAACGACCAAUCUGGUCAUCGUCAGUCUUCUGUUGUUCGGAUUGAGCCACAAGAAACCGGCUACAUUCCUCUUGACUUGGCAACAUUAUAUCCUUUGAGGAUUCGUCCAGUAGCAAAACUAGGUUUCUUGUGGUCUAAUCAAUGUGUAUAUUGGAAGUCAUUAUUGAAGUCGCCUUUACAAUAUUUGUCAUGCAAAUCUAGCAAAACAAACUGGGAAUAUAAUUAUUUGGUCUUCUCGAGAAAUCUUAUGGAGAGUUUUAUGGCUGAUGUUUAUCCUUUCAUGCAGCUGAAUGUUCUUCCUCCAUUGCAAGUGCAUAACUUGCUUCCAUACGAGGUCAAAGUUCGUAUUUUAGAAAAAAACACCACCCGUAAUGAUUGGCGUUGUACUCUUCAACCAGGUGAGUCACUUCCAAUUCUGCACACAGAUCCAAAAAGUCUUCUUUUGUUGGGUAUGACUGUUGCUGCAAUUGAUCUUCAUUCACUUGAAUUGCCUAUUAUAUACUCGCCCAUUGGCGCAUGGGAGUCCGUUCAGUCAACAUCUCUGUUAUCUUUUGCAGACAAGAAAGAAAGGGUCAAACUAAACCUUCAGUACGACAAACUCCCGGGAACAGACUACAUUUCUGAUGUGAGAAUUUACUCUCCGUAUCUAAUAUAUAAUCGAACAGAUGUCAAUAUGAAGCUUUCAGAUGAGUAUGACUCUUCGGUGACUAAUAUUAUCCCUGGAAGCGGUUAUGCUAAUGAUAUAUUGCCCUAUUUUUUCUCAUUUAAGCAAGCAAAUCGAAAGAAUCGUGCUGUAUUAAGAAUGAAGGACUCUCAAUUAUUCCUACCUCUAAGUUUUGAUACUUUAGGGUCAUCUAGUGAAGUGAAAGUUAAAACAACAGAUAAUCGAAAAGCAUACAUUUUAGGAUUAUCAAUUGGGGAAUGUACAGGAAAAUUUUGUUUGUCUAAAACCGUUACUUUUACUCCCAGGUACGUUUUCAAAAACAAUUUGGAUAGAAGCUUGUGUUUACGGCAAUUCGGUAGUUCCAAUAUCUGGAAUUUAUCGUCCAAAGCAUUGUAUCCUGUUUAUUUGUUUGAAAAUUCCGAAGACAUUACUAUGGUGACGGCCUUCCCAGGUAUGAAUAAUAGCUGGUCAUCCGCAUUUCAUAUGAAUAAUCUUGGUAUAACCCACGUUAAAGCUUACGAGCGAAACGAAAAUGGAGAUAUAUUGCCAGUUUUAUUACGAGUUUCGGUAACAUUAAAAGAUGCGACAUUCUUUAUAACCUUCAAGUUGGAAACUGUUUCUUGGCCAUUUAAGUUAAAAAAUAACUCUUCUAUGGACAUUCUAUAUCAGCAGAAAAAGCCAGCCUCUUCAAGUAUCGAGUUUGCAUAUACUCAAAAUUUUAAGAAAAGCAAAUAUAUUUUACGUGCGGGAGAUGAGGCUGAUUAUUCUUGGGAUUUCCCUGCUGUGAAAGACAAAAGACUCGAAGUUACAGUGGAAAAUGCAGUUCAUGAUUUGGAUAUAUCCUCAGUUGGAAAGCUUAGCCCAUGGUUUCCUCAGGAGCUAAAUGCUAAUGCUCGAUUAGUACCUGAAAUUUCUAUUGUUGGUCUCACAUCAGUAAUAACUUUCAAUGAAGUGGAGGCCAGCCAACCUCCCCAACUUCCUCGCCGUACAGGUUCGAACAAGGAAGAAGACAAGGAUGAGACGAAGUUCAAAUUUGCUAUGGACUUGAGUGGUCUCGGAUUAUCCUUAAUCAAUAGUCAUUACGAAGAGUUUGCUUACGCUACAUUACGAAACUUAAUGGUUAAUUUUGAUGAAAGCGCAGAUUUGCAUUCGCUUUCUCUUUCAUUGGGCUGGUUUCAGAUCGAUAACCAAUUGCUGGAUUCUCUGCAUCCAAUUGCAUUAUUUCCUUCCGUAAUAACAGAGGAGGUGAAAGAGGAAAAUCCAGAAGUAUUGCAAUUCCGAAUUUCUUCUUUGAAAGAUUAUGAUUAUGGUUUACUUUACGUAAAAUAUGCUUCCUUUCUUUUACAAGAGUUAUCUGUUGAACUAGAUGAUCGGUUUGUCUUUAUGUUGCUAAGACUUAUAUAUCCUUCGCUUGAUGUUUCUCAAAGUUCCAGAAGUUUAAAUGAAGAUUCUUUCAAAGACAAGUUUGAACUUCCUAAUUUCGAUGUAGAUGCUUAUCAAAGCGAUAUCUUUUUUGAAGCUCUUCAUUUACAGCCUACAAGAAUUAAUCUCACGUUUGAGGCUUCUGAAGAUAUGGAAAAUGAAAUAGUAAAAGCGAGAACUCCUAACUCGACGUUGGACUUUAUGACGGGAAUUCUCGUAAGUACUUUGGGUAAUAUUCAUGAUGCACCCGUUCAGUUGAAUUCCGUGUUAUUGGAAAACGCCAGAGGAACUGUGUCUGAGCUGGUUUCCAAAAUCUUCAAUCAUUACAAGCAGCAAAUUGGAUAUCAAAUGUAUAUGAUUGCUGGACGUGCAGACUUUUUGGGUAAUCCAGUUGGUCUAUUCAAUAACUUUGCAUCUGGUGUUUUUGACAUGUUUUAUGAGCCAUAUCAAGGGUUUUUACUUCAAGAUACUCAAUCAAUUGGGGAUUCUUUUGCAAGGGGUACCUCUAGUUUUAUGAGGAAAACCAUUUUUGGCGUUUCUGAUAGUGUAUCGAAACUUACCAAUACUUUUUCGAAAGGUUUAUCUACGGUGACAAUGGAUCCAAAGUAUAAAAUGUCAAGACGUCGCUUCCGUUCAAGAAACAGACCUAAGCAGGCGGCUUUUGGUAUAACCGUUGGAGCUAAUACUUUUUACGAUAGCAUGACCAGUGGUUUCGAAGGCCUUCGCCGACCUUUUACUGAUGGCAAAUCUGAUAGUCCUGGUAAAUUUUUGAAAGGAUUUGGCAAGGGUGUUUUAGGCUUGGCUACCAAGCCUGCUAUCGGUCUGUUAGACAUGACUACCAACGUUUCAGAAGGUAUACGGAAUUCGACAGAUGUCCGGGCAAAUCCUGAGAUUGAUAAAGCUCGUAUUCCAAGAUUCGUAGGAUUUGGUGGAUUGAUUCAGCCAUACAAAACAUAUGAAUCCCUUGGAAAGUAUUUAUUGGCAAUGAUCGCGAACGGUAUAUAUUCAAACGAAACGUACCUUUACCAUGCUGAGCUAAAAAAUGAGAAAGUGCUAUUCAUUAGUACUAAGCACUUUUUAGUCACGAAAGCGAACAACGAAGUUGAAGUGGUUCUUUCUGUCAGAAAGAUAAAGAGUUUGAGAUACUCUGAGCAUGAAAUAGUAUGCUCAAUGUAUGAUAUGUCAACUUUACGCCUUCCACUUCCAGGCGACAUUGUGAAAAAGGACAGAUGCAUGAAAGAAGCCAACAGAGCGUACACCGAAUCUCAUCGUUUGCGCCUUAUGGAUGUUGAGCCGUUUUGAAGCUUAUAACCUACAGAUUUAUGUUUACAAUCAGAGUAUAAUGUCUUUUUGAUGAAUCUAUUUAAAUAUACACAUAUAUAAAUUUAUAUAUAUUUAUACGAAUAAUGAGUUAAUAAACAUUGGGAUGAAAUGAUUAC